AUGGCGGGAGUCCUCUUAUGGAGGACCAGGAUGCUUGCGGAGGGGCGACUUGGAUGUCUAAAGUUCAUCCCGGCUUGGGGAUUCCGCGUGAGGAGCUCACCUUUAGGACCGAUUUCGACGAAGCUGCUCAACAUCAUAUUAUGUCUGGCGGGAAGUUCACCGCGUUGGUCCAGAAGUACGAGACGGCGCUUCGGGCAGCUAAGGACGAAGCCUUUGUGUUGCGGCGGAGCAGGAGAUGGCCAAGAUGUCGAUACGAUGGUGGCUGAUUUGCAGCAGGAUAAACUGGUGCUUGAGUCGAAGGUCGCGGCGCUGAACAGGGAGAUAGUGAAGACUCUCGGACUCCAGGAGGUAGCAGACAAGCUGAGGGCUCAAGUGAGUGAUCUGGAGGAGAAAGCGCGUCGGGAUGCAGAGGCUUCUGCUGCUGAGAUGGAGCGUCUCCGACGGUCUCGUCGAGAAUCGGUCGAGGCGGCUGUGACUCAGCCGCUGUGGGGAGGAGGCAAGUCGACGAAGCUCUCCUCAACUUUCGUGAAGAAGAUUCGGGGAGUGGAUCUGAACUUCGACGCGAUGGAGGAGAAGCUCGCGGCUAAGCUGGCGAAGAGUAUCGCGGAUGGGGAUGCGAUUGACGAAGUUGUUAUCGAUGAUGAUGACUUCGCUCCGCCUAACAGCCUUAAACGGCUGGUGCUGCCGGGAUCUCCUUCUCGUCGAGAUGGUGGUGGUGCGGAUCCGGGUGCGGGACCCUCUACUUCUGGGGCCAAGUCUGCUUAG